CGGCGAUGCAUUGGCGAUGCGGCGCGAUCCUUCGACCCCAUUUACUUGGACCCCGCCUAGGAGGCCUCUAGAAGACCUCCCAGUAGUUGCCUCCUACAGCCUCUCGCGAGAGCCAGCUCCUAUCCUCGUGGGCGCUGUCCCGCGGCAUCGUGCGUCCGGCCACCCGGACCCUCGGCUCGACUUCGCGGCGCCGAGCGCGCUGUGUGGCCCGGGCCCCGGGGGCCGCGGCUGCGGUGCGCUGGAGGCGCUGGAGCCAGGGGAGCUGGUGUGCCUCGUGCCGAUCGAGGCGUGCAUCGGCUCCGAGCUCUGGGGCCUCGGCCACGGGGACGGCCUGGCCCUGGCGGCGAGGCUGCGCGAGGCGCGGGCGCGGCCGGCGCUGGCGUGCGCCCUGCUGCUGCUGCGGGAGCUGGGCCGCCGCCCGCCCUGGGGGGGCGGGGGCGACGCUGGAGACGGCUCGGGGGCGGCCGA